GGUGUGCGAAUAAAUUCCAGUUUGUGUUUCAGUACGGGGACAUUGACCUAUUUAUAUCACAUCUAUAACUUGCAAGAAUUGUUUUAAAUACCUGGCCCCGCGCUACAUGUUGCCUGAAUUCACGGACACGCACUCAACUCACGCCUGAAUUCACGGACACGCACUCAACUCACGCAAGCAGAAGGUAAAAAAAGUUGCCAUUGUGAGCAGCUGUGUGCUGUAUACAGGUGACACUGUCCUUGACCUACAAUGAAGGUCAGAGUGCUGCCAUUGCUGUUGCUGGUGACGUGGAUUGACCAGGCCGUGACCGUGACCCCGCUGUUGAACCACAUGACCUAUUCACAGAUUGAAGAUUACAAGAACCACCCCUGUACACGCAGCUGUACUGACGACGGUCAACCAAUGACCUGUGACUACAACUUUCUAGUUGAGCAUUACCACACUCUGACCAAGGCUUGUUGGAACUGCCCAAUCACACCAGACGACUGUUACAGACCCCACUGUGUGUAUGCAGACGGCGGUCAGCGCGGGAUUAUCACGGUCAACCGUAUGAUGCCAGGCCCAUCUAUACAGGUGUGUGAGAACGACACGAUCAGGGUUCGAGUCCACAACAAGAUGGAGCAGUCCGAGGGCACGUCCAUACACUGGCACGGGGUCCUCCAGCACGGCACCCCCUACAUGGACGGCGUCGCCAUGGUGACGCAGUGCCCCAUCCCCGCACACUCCUCCUUCACAUACGUGUUCAAGGCCAGCACCCCCGGCACCCACUUCUGGCACGCCCACUCGGGUCUACAGCGAGCAGACGGCGUGUUCGGUCACCUGAUCAUCCGGCAGACGCCCAGCCGCGAGCUGCACAACGGCUUCUACGACCUUGACCUUCCCGAACAUGCGAUCCUCGUCACGGACUGGUGGCAGCUGGACAGCCCGCCCAGCUUUGCCAGACAUCACCAUAGCAACGGGACCAACAAGCCCACCACUGUACUCAUCAACGGGAAGGGGAGGCUGGAGUCACCCUCGGGCCCAAUCACCAAGACACCCCUCGAGGUGUUCCGUGUGACCCCGGGCAAGAGGUAUCGCUUCAGGGUUGCGAGCAACGGCAUCUUGAACUGUCCACUCACCGUCUCAGUCGACGGUCACGUGUUAGAGGUCAUCGCCAGUGACGGUCAGCCGGUCAAGCCGGUCGCUGUUAAGGCUUUUGUGAUCUUCGCGGGUGAAAGGUACGACUUCGUGUUGACAGCCAAUCAGAGCGUUGGUCAGUAUUUGCUGCGCGUGCAAGGACAGCUGGACUGUGGGCCGGCAUUCAACAACGCCACGCAGACGGCCAUUGUCAUAUACGAUGGGGCUGAGGAUAACAAGACAGUGGCUAACCCACCCCCCGUGGAGGGGAAGCUGUUGAACCCGGUCAACUCAGGCCCCACCAACACCACCAUCCUAGUCAGCGAGCUGCGGUCAAUGCGGGACGAUGACGUGGCACUGACGCGGGCACCGGAUGUCACCUUCGUUCUGGCCAUGGAUUUCAAGGCCAUCGACAACCCCAGGUUUCACAACCCUGUGUAUUAUAACACGCGCGACUUUCCUCAAGGCAAGCGCCAACUCCAGACCCCCCAGAUCAACGAUAUCAGCAACAUGCUGCCCCCCGUCCCGGCCCUCCCACAGUACAGCCAGGUGCCUCAGGACAUGUUAUGUAGUGAAGUGACCAAGGGCAAGAACUGUUCUGUCGAGUACUGUGAAUGUCUACAUCUGCUGAAGGUGCAACUGGGUCAGGUCGUGGAGAUGUUCCUCAUCGACCAAGGUCACAUCUGGAAUGCCAGUCACCCCACCCACCUGCACGGUCAUGGGUUCAGGGUACUAGCCAUGGAUAGGCUGGAUGCAUCCAUCUACGCCAAGUACGUAAUGGAUCUGGAUAAAGCAGGGAACAUAACCAGGAACUUGCGGCAAGCCCCAAUCAAAGACACAGUUACCAUCCCUGACGGCGGAUACACACUAGUUCGUUUUGUAGCGGACAACCCAGGUAUGUGGUUCCUGCACUGCCACAUUGAGUAUCACGUCGAGAUAGGGAUGGGUGUCCUAAUCCAGGUCGGUGAGCCAUCGGAGUUCCCUCCAGUUCCCAAGGGGUUCCCCACCUGCGGCAGCUGGGAACCAGAGGAACCAGAGGAACCUGGACCUAAGAGCAGUUCCCCUGCUGUGACACACCUGACAUUCGCCUGUUUGCUGUUGCUUCUAUGCUGUAUAGGUUUAAUAUUGUAACUUUAGACGAAGCUUCCACAUUGGAACUGCUAUCACCCUAUACCAGUAUAAUUCUGAUUAUGACUGUUCUAAGAUCACCAUAAGUGUAAUGGUGACUUUAAUAAGCCAUGACGUUGUAUAAAAAUUCACUUCCCCCAAAUGUAUUUCCAUUGGCAGUUAUUUCCACCAGUUGUUGUUUCCCCGUGGUUGUUACCUAUCCUUAUUACUUCCCCUUACCUUUUAUGUCCAAACUUUUGUUUCCCUUGACUUUUCCCCCACUAGUUGUUAUUCCUAUGUAGUUAUAUCCCCUUAGCUGCUAAUCCCCAAAGUUGUUAUUUCCCUGUGCUCAUUUUACUUAAUGAUUACAUAUCAUUUAUGAUGACUUAAAUUUUGAUAAAAGCACAAUUUGUUUUAUACUCAUAUGUAAAUUUUAAAUAUUUGUACAUAUAUUUUUCUACAAUUAAA